GUUGGCCGUGUCGCCGUGUCCGGUGUGUCGGUUGGCGCAUUUGAACUGUUUGAACCUGUGGUUUGAACCACGGGUUUGAAGUUUGGACUGAUUCGGGGGUCAUGGCUGCUCUCCGGGGUGUGGUAAUUGGCGACAGCCAGAUAAAGUUUUUGGAGCGCGACAGACUUCGCCUCGUCCCGAGCGUGCAGGUGUGCACGUUCAGCUUUCCUGGUGCGUCCACACGGACGCUGCCCGGGGAAGUUGGACGUUUACACCUGCACGCAACGGACUUCGUCGCCGUGUAUGUGGGCGGCAACGACCUAUAUGGCGGGGAUUCCGCGGAAGCUAUUUCUUCACGGAUCGAGGAGCUUGUGACCACCUUGAAAGGCCUGACGAGCCAUGUGCUCGUUUUCAAGUUGGUGCCUCGGGGUGGGCCUUUAGGGCAUGCCAGGGAGAGCGAGAGGCUGUCUCUGAACAGCCUCUUAGUACGGAAGUUGGUGGUCCUCGGUGUUACCAUCGUGAAUGUCGACCACCUGUUCCUCAGCCGAGGCAACGUGGUGAACCUUGAGAAGCUGGCCGUCGACCGAUACCAUGUGUGCCGCGUCCGUGGUAUUCAGUGUAUAGCAUUUGCACUCAGCAAGGCGCUCGCAAAACUUUUUGGACGUUCAAUCCUUGGUGGGUGCCGUGCCGCAUUCCGACGCUUCCGGGUUCACAGGUGUGGGAGAUGUGGAGCCUGCGGCCACUGGAGUGGUGCAUGUCUCCACUUUGCCGCACUCCAGCACUAGCUAAGUUAUCUCCGAAUUCACAGACCUCAUUCCAAUUUAGGCACCCCUCCA